GACUAGUCUAACAUUAAACAAAAACUUUCGUUUCAUUGGCAUUAAAAAAAGUGUUCAAAAAAAUGGCCUAAAAAUCUGUGUAGAAAACUGAUUAAUCUUUUAAUAUCAUCUCACUAUCCUAGCUAUGGAAAAGCACACUGCACUUCAUUUUUUCACUCCACUGUAAUGUCCUCCAUUGAUAUAGAGGGCUCACUUCACCGCUGUUUCUAUCUGACAGGUUAUAACACUAGAGGGAUGGAGUGAGCUUAUGUAUUAUGUUCAGGAUGUCCAUAGCUUUUGGGACUGGGCAUACUUUGUUAUUCUAAUAGUAAUUGGUGCCUUCUUCCUGAUCAAUCUCUGCCUUGUUGUCAUAGCCACUCAGUUUUCUGAGACUAAGAAAAGAGAAAACCGUUUAAUGGAAAAAAAUCGGCAGCGAUUUAAAUCCACUAGUACAUUGUCAACUUACGAACAGGGUAGCUGUUAUGGGGAAAUACUGAAAUACAUUGCGCAUCUGAUACGUCAUGGUAGACGCAAAUUAAGACAGUGGCGUAAAGGUAUGGACAGUAAAAGCAAGAUCACGCCGGCAUUAUCACUUCGUAGAAAAAAGAGGAAGAAAUCAGUUCAUUUACAUCAUCAUCAUUAUCACCACCACCAUCAUUAUCAUUUUGGGAAUACGAGUCCAGUGCCUCCGCAUGCAAGUCCGGAGAGCAGUGACAUUGGCUCAUCACCCACUCGGCAAAAUCGUUUUCUGGUUCCGCCUGCGAAUAAUCUAAUGCCCAGCUCAGAUUCACUGCAUUCCAUAACUUACUGUACGGAGAGAAUUGCACGUGUUGAUGCAGAGAAAAGGAAAAAAAUACCAGAACCUGUAUCGCCCCAUACUCACGUUAUCACUACGCUUUCUAUCCAUCGUGCCUCCUCCAUCAAUUAUCCAAAUACGAACUCCAAGGACAAGAGCCAGGCCUCGGUCCUGGCUAACCUUAAGGCAAAUGAGGGCGCCAAAAGUGAAUCUACAAAUAAACUCCCUGAGGACUGGCAGAGGUUCAAGGAAACCGAUGCCCUAAAACCCCUUUCAUGUGUACCCGCCAUAUCUACAAAUGCAGAUAGUUCAGCUUUGAAAUCUCUUGGACCUCCUAAACACCAACCGCUUGCUGAGAGAUUGUCUGCGCCAUGUUCACUGGUUCGUGACUAUCCUCCCUCACCGCUUCCCGCUAUACGAAAACAUGCCUGUCUCUCAACCCAUAGUACUUGUCCAAUUCAUCAUCCUUGCCCACGCCACAAGCCCUGCCCUACACACUGCCGGACGUCAUACCGGUUAAACCAGUCCUGCCCGCACACUUGUGACGAGCAUCAUACUUCGGAGUAUGAGUGGACGGACUCGGAUUCAGACAACAGCGAGUCUGCGCUGAAUCAAUCAAUUGAUACUUGCAUUGUGGGAAAGAAACGUCGUUGUUGGCAAUGCAAGAAUUGUUGUCGGUCGUUUCAACGCAAGCUUGAGGGAAUCAUUGAGAGCAACUUUUUUAUGCGGGGGAUUUUGAUAUGCAUCUUAAUUAAUACGUUGAGCAUGGGAAUCGAAUACCACAAUCAGCCUGAAGAAUUAACACAAGCCAUUGAGAUUAGCAACCUAAUCUUCACUAGUAUAUUCGGCCUGGAGAUGAUACUCAAAAUAUUAGCGUACGGUGUGAUUGGUUACGUUAGCAACGGUUUCAACGUGUUUGACGGUACAAUAGUUAUUAUCAGUGUGGUUGAAAUUGCUCAGAAUGGCCAGGGCGGUCUUACCGUGCUACGGACAUUCCGGUUACUCCGAAUCCUCAAACUGGUGCGGUUCAUGCCGGCACUACGUCGUCAACUGCUCAUUAUGCUCAAGACGAUGGAUAACGUCGCUACGUUUUUCACACUCCUGGCAUUAUUUAUCUUUAUUUUUAGUAUUCUAGGAAUGCAUUUGUUUGGCUGUAAAUUUUGUAACGAUCUUCCCGAUGGAUCAAUGGAAUGCGACCGCAAGAACUUUGAUUCGCUGCUGUGGGCAAUUGUAACUGUCUUCCAAAUCCUUACCCAAGAGGACUGGAACAUUGUUCUUUACAACGGCAUGUCGAAAACCACAUCGUGGGCCGCCCUUUAUUUUAUUGCCCUAAUGACCUUUGGUAACUACGUCCUCUUCAACUUACUAGUGGCUAUUUUAGUUGAAGGCUUUGCAGCUGAGUUAAUGCCAUGUGAGUGUAUAUACAAGGAUGAUCAGAAAAAAGAUAACUCGGAAAAUGAUGAAGAUAAAGAUGAUGGGGAUUUUGAGGAGGAGGUUGAUGAAAACAGACUAAAUCAUGAAUACUGUUGUUUACAAGAACCAUGGGAUAAAGAAAAUGCUCUGCCAUCUCCAAUACUGGCUCCGAACCCCUGUAACCAACUACAGAGCCCACCUAUGAUCACACACACGGAGGCAACUCCACAAGGCUCUCCACAUUCUGAAAAUUCCCAUGAGCAUAGGCCUACGAUCAACAUCAAAGGCUCAGAUUCACUGUCAAUUCAAACGCCUUCACUACGAGCAUCACCGUGUCUCCGGCGAUCAGGAAGUGCCAGGAGUGCUCGAAGUGUACAGAGUGAGGGCGCUGUCCAGUCUAGACCAAUAAAUGGAAACUUCUUGAGUCCAUUUAGGAUGUAUGACAGUGAUUGUGGAAGUCACCUCAGUAUAUGCAGGUCACAAGACAUCUCCAGCCACAAUGGGUACAUACCAGACAAUGAGAGCAGUCGAAGGACUUCCAUCUGCAACGGGGACAACAGUAGGCGCGUGUCAUUCUGUUCAUGCAAUGGUCUUGCGCCAGCCGUCAGCCAGACAUUUCGACCAACAACGCUAUCAACUGGGAAUGAGACGGCUGUAAAUAGACCCACAGAGCAGUUAAACCAAGCAGAAGACGACCCUGAGAUCUGUGAGGAUCCUGAUGCCAUUGAUGAGGGCGCGCCAGUGUCCGCGGACAUGUCAUCCCUAGUCUCCUCAUCCAGACACGUUGGUCCAGAUACUAUAAGUGAUGGCAAUUGUUGCGGCUUUUGUCAUCUGGAGAGAGUAAAGGAUUGUGAUCUUAUUGCGCUCAUCGCUAAGUGUUUACCUGAACCACAAGGUUGCUUUCUUACCAGACAAGAGUACUCCCUCUAUCUUCUAUCGCCAAAAAACAAGUUCCGUUAUCAUCUGCAACAUCUAAUUAGCCAGAAGUGGUUUGACUACAUGGUUUUAGUCAUAAUCUUCCUUAAUUGCAUCACACUUGCUAUGGAGAAACCAUCCAUUGAUGAGGAUGACUGGGAGCGCAAGUUCUUGACCAUUACCAACUACAUCUUUACAAUUCUGUUCACCAUCGAAAUGUUAAUUAAGAUCUUGGCGAAGGGAUUUGCGAUUGGUAAGCAUGCGUACCUGAGGAGCGGAUGGAACGUAAUGGACGGUUUUCUCGUAUUCAUCUCCUGGUUGGAUAUCAUAAUCAUGCUUGCAUCAAGCUCCAGUCCAGAUAUUUUUGGAAUUUUAAGAAUAUUUCGUCUUCUGCGAACCCUGAGACCUUUAAGAGUGAUCAGUCGAGCUCCUGGCUUGAAGUUAGUGGUGCAAACGUUGCUCUCCUCUCUACGUCCCAUUGGUAAUAUCGUCGUCAUCUGUUGUACCUUCUUCGUCAUCUUCGGUAUUCUUGGUAUUCAGUUAUUUAAAGGUAAAUUCUUUCACUGUGUGGGAGAGAAUAUUCAGGAUAUACAAAACAGGACACAGUGUGAAGAAAUGGGCUUCGAGUGGGAGAAUGAAGAGUACAACUUUGAUAAUAUAGGAGAGGCAUUAAUGACAUUAUUUGUCCUCUCCUCAAAAGACGGUUGGGUGGACAUCAUGUACAAUGGCAUUGACUCAGUUGGUGUUGAUCAGCAACCUGUACGUGAUAACAAUGAAUGGUUGAUCAUCUAUUUUAUCUCAUUCCUUCUCAUCGUUGGCUUCUUUGUCCUGAAUAUGUUUGUCGGUGUUGUGGUGGAGAACUUUCACAAAUGCCAGGAAAAACAGGCGAUUGAAGAAGCCGAGAUGCGUGAACAGAAACGCCUGAGGCGGAUUGAGAAGCUCAGGCUGAAAAGGGCCGAGCCCAACUAUUGGGAUGAUUAUGGACGAACACGACGACGAGUUCAUGCAAUCGUUGAGAGUAAACAUUUUGACCUGAUCAUCGCGGCCAUUAUUUUUCUAAAUGUAAUCACCAUGGGAAUGGAAUUCUAUGAUAUGCCUGCGCUCCUGAUUGAGAUUCUCAAGUACUGUAACUAUGUGUUUACUGUGGUAUUCAUCCUGGAAGCCAUCUUGAAAAUAUACGCAUACGGUUUCAAACGUUAUAUCAAAGACAGGUGGAAUCAGCUAGAUAUGUCGAUUGUGAUUCUAUCAGUUGUUGGUAUUGCCUUAGAGGAAGUCCAAGGUGACAUCAUUCCAAUCAAUCCAACAAUAAUACGAGUUAUGAGAGUUCUAAGAAUUGCCAGAGUCUUCAAGGUGUUAAAAUUUGCACCUGGCGUUCGUGCCAUUUUCCACACGGUACAGAAAUCCUUCCCUCAGGUUGGAAAUCUAGGCCUUCUGUUCUUCCUCCUGUUUUUCAUAUUUGCUGCUUUGGGUGUUGAAUUAUUUGGGCGACUAGAUUGUACUGAUGAUAAUCCUUGCGAAGGCCUUGGCCGACAUGCAUCUUUUGAAAACUUCUUUAUUGCGUUUCUUACUUUGUUUCGUGUUGCUACCGGUGACAACUGGAAUGGAAUUAUGAAGGACACGCUCAGAUCGGAUGGAUGUGACAAGUCAGCAAACUGUAAAACAAAUUGCUGUGCGAAUCAGUUCAUUGCACCGUUGUACUUUGUUUCGUUCGUGCUGAUGGCACAGUUUGUGCUCGUGAAUGUGGUGGUGGCGGUGUUGAUGAAACAUCUUGACGAAGCUCAUAAGAUGGAGGAAGAAAACAUCAAUGAUGAAGAGGAGAUUGCUGAAGCCAUUGCCCAGAGCGAGGCGGAAGAAAUACAACAUUUAUCUGAACAAAACAAAAAGGAAGAGGCCUCAGCUCUUACUCCACUUCUAAAGCUUGUUUCACCUUCUGAGGUUGUUCUUGCCUUGAAUACCAUAGGUUACAACAACAACAGACACUUGACCGAAAAUGAGGCAAUUGAAAUGGGAAUGACUAGCUACAGUUGUCAUAGUGAUAAUCCAGAAGAUCGCCGACUUUAUGGUCAAAAGCAACCAGUAUCUCGAGUUCAGUCAUUGCCGUUUAGUUUCAAGCCGUACUGCGAAAAUGACAGCUCUACUGCAACCGAGGCUGAGACGCAUCCAGAAAGCAGAAAAACCCGUCAGAGGUCGUUGAGAAAAAAAGGCCGUCAAUCUGGCCAAUUUUCAGCUGCUUCCAGAGUAUCCCAGUCACCUAGCCCAGAAGUUAGGAAAAGGAAAUCAAAGAAUGAGUCUAGGGACUCACUGAACAAUUUGAAGGGAACUGAUGAACAAAAGUUAAUGAACAAUAGUGUCUUCAUUCCUGUGCCAGCAAUCGUGCUGCCUCCCGGAAAUGAGGACACAAAUUAUGACGAUUUUGAGGUCUCGGCUGAUGACUCUACCGACAAGACUAGACUCAGUUCGUCAAAUACACUACAGUUGCAAGAUCCAAAGCUAGAACAGUCAUAUGAAAAAUUAAUAGAAUUAGAUGAUGAAAUUCUGGCAGGAUCCUCUACAGAUGAUGCUAGACCAGAAACUGAUGGAAAUAAUGUACAAAAGGAAGCUGAAGUCUCUCCGAUGGCUUCCUUGUCUAUCAGUGAUGACAUUUUUACUAUGCAUGUAAAUGAAAAGUGUGUAGCUUCACAUGUUAGUGAUGACGUAUCUUCAAGCUCAGCUGAGGAUCAAAACGAUAGUCAACCAACACGUGUGAUCCGAGGAUCAAGGCGUGCUGAGAAGGAGGAUGUGGAGAAUAAUAAUGAUGAUGUGGCUGCUUCUUGUGAUGAGCAAGAAAAGGACAAUGUCUGCCACGCACCAAAUUCAGUUUACCACCGGGGAAGACGGCCCAGUCCUCCAAAGGAUCUGGUACAGGACAGUAAAGAUCUGGCGAGCUCCUGCGAUGAGCCGAAAAGGGACAACGUUAAUUGCCAAGUGCCUAGUUUAUCUGUUCCUAGGGUGUCAAGCCCUAGGCCUCCUAUAAGGGCUACCACUGUACAGAACAAUAAUAAUAAUAAUGUGGAAAGCUCUGGCGAUGAACGCGAAAAAGACAAUAUUUGCCAAGUACCUAGUUUACUUGUCCCUAGUGCAUCAAGCCCUAGGCCUCCAAAAAGAGAUGCUGUGAAGAGUGUUGAGGAUGAUAAUAAUUUUUCCAUUCCGUUGACUCUGCCGUUGCCGUCCGUGCAAGUGGAAGAAUGUGGAACCCAAAAUCAUUUAGACCAAUGAAAACAGUAUAAUUAUGUGCGCUUCACAUAUUAUGGGUGGACUUGUUCGGUGUUUGUUUAUUCAUUUUUCUGUAGACUUCAGGCAGCAUGCUUUUUUCAUUUUGUGCACAAAAGUGGAUAUGUGGGUGGGGGUGUGUGUGCGUGUGUGUGUGUGCAUGCAUGUAUGCUGUCUUGAUAAUAUAGCUGAUAGCAAUGUGUUCACAUGUUGGUUAAUCAAUGACUUAAAAAAGACUGAAGGGAAGUACUACCCCUGUCUCCCGUGGUGUUGCUUAUAAAUCUGAUGGCUUGGGAAGUUUUAGAUAUUAAAAUGAUGUGUAUUUAUGGACAUAAUAACUACUGUUACCACAAACGCAAGUAUUCAUUAAUUUUGAUUUUCAUGAUUUUUAAAAGCACAUGAUAGUAAAUUUGGUAUGUGCGAUAAACCUCCCCUCUGUACAUUUAUUAUCAUCAUGAUUUUUAAACAAUACAGAAAAAAAUACACAAAUGUGUUAGGCUUAAAGAACAUUUUAUUUUAUACACCAAUAUUUAUUUCUUUAAUUAUUAUUCCAUUGUUUAAAAAAAAAAAAUCAAGUGAAUUUCCUAACUUAUAGAAUUUUGAUGAAUUUGAAUAUAAAUUCUAAAGACUGAAUUCCACAUUAUUAUGCAACAACUUUGACCGUCCCCUCUUCUGGAAUAUUUCCCUUCUUCAGUACCUUUCUGUACCCUGAAAUGUUCCCCUACUCUGUGCAGAUGUGGUAUAGAAUGUUGAAAUGUAAUGCUCGUGUAUGUAUUUAUUUAAAAUAAAAUACCUUUUAAAUUAUAUCUUGUUGUAUAGUACUACAUGUAUAUACAUUUAUAGGGAAGGGGUACAUGUUUGAAUGUUGGAAGUGAGAUGGAGAAAAAUCUAUGAAAUCCCUCAACACACUAUAUUUUAAAGGGCAAAUUUAAUUAAAUAUAUCUAUAAAAAUUUAGUUCGCAAAUACUUUGCUUUUUAUAUGAAUAGAAUUCAUUUAAAUUCAUCUUCUGUAAAAAAAAAUUAUAAAUUGAUAUUCAGAUUUACAUCACCAUUAAAUUUCUGUUUAAUUUAUUUGUUAAUAGUAUAAUUUUUUUAUAUAAUUAUGUUUAAUUAUUGUUAAUAAUAUUUCAUUGAUAAGUUACUUGCAUUUGAAAUACUUUAUUAAUUAUUAAUAAUUAAUGACACAAUAAAAAAGGCCUUCCAUUUAGGAGAGCUUGCAAAAUUCUCUUGGAAAUUACUGAAAAUUAAAAACAUAUCAAAAGGGAAUAUUAUACAGAAAAUAUAAAACUAGCAUAUAACUAUCAAUGGUAUUUUACUAUUAUUAUUAUUUAAUAAUUUCUAUUUUCAGUGUCCCAGUGUACGUCCCAAUUCAACUUGGCUGCCAAGGUCCCCAGAGCCUCAGCCAUAAAUUCCCUGCUACGCAAAUGGGAUAAAUAUGUCACAUUUGUUUUUAUUGUUACUACCUUCAUUAUUUUUUAUAAUUACUGUGAUGAUCAUAAAUUAUUAUUAUGAAUAAUGUUAUUUUGUAUCAUGUUUUCUGAGUGUUAUUUUGACUGCCAUAUUGAUGAUUAUUAAUAAAAUCAUUAAUGUGAUGAAGAAACAUGGACACAAUUAUGGGGAGUAUCAAGAAACCAAUGAUUGUGUGCAAUGGUAUAUUUCAUUUUGUAACCUCUCAUGCAAUUUAUAUUACAGAUUUUAAUAAUAUUUAGUAUUCUAUUAGAUAGGACCUCAAUUAUGGACUUCUCAUAACAUAUUUAUAAUGAAUAUCUAUUUAAAUUAUCUAUUUAAAUUUUCAAGUUUAUAUGCAGAAAUAUAUAAAUUAUUUUAAAUGAUUUCAGUAUUCGUAAUGCAAUGAGAGUUUUGUUGCAAAUAUUUCUCACAUUUUUCUGUAUCAUAAAAUACUUUUGAGUUGUAACAAACCUGGAUCUUUCAAUCAUGUAAGGUGGAAUUUUAAGAUUACAAACAAAUUACAUAUUUACCUGACUAUAACUUGGAAUGUUCCUAUCAUCAAAGUUGAAGUGCACCCUCAUUACUUUUUACAUGAAUGCUGUGUAAGUGAAUAAUUAGUUGUUCUACCAGCUAAAUAUCCACUACCAAUUAUAAAUCAUGUUUCAAUUUUAUCAAUGCGAAUUAAAAAACUAAAAAUUCUCUCAAAAGCUGUUAACAACAUUUCCAUCAUGUGAGUCCAUAUAAUAUAGUCAUGAUGUGCCUCUAUGGUCGUGAUGUGAUGUUGUCAUGACCAUAUUUAGGCAUGUCAUAUGGCUCAAGAUGAAUUAAACAAUUUCAGAUUUACUUUUCAGAUCUUUCAAUAUUUUCCAGUAUAGUCAAAAUAGACAUCUUUCUGAUAAGCAUUGUAUUUUUACAAUAAUGGUUACAUUUGCAUAAUAACUAUGAGCUCUCACUGGCUACAGCCAGGACUCCUGGCAUUAAGGACCCCAUGAACUUAGGGGGCCAGGACCUUGAGGGGUCCAGGACCUUGAGUGCACCUCAGGACAUUAAUCAGUGUUUUUCCCCUAGAUCUUGAGCUCAAAUCAGCCCAUCCUUUGAGAUGUUUAAAAAACUGUCAAAAUAUGCCCUUAAAAUUUUAAAAGCCAGAGCAGAUGGAAAUUUACCCCAUACUAGAAAGAAACUGUAUUUGGGCCCAGCCUCCAUAGGUAGUAUGACUUCAUGCCUCUUGUUUUUAUGCCACUGGCUGGUUUUUACCUAUGGCACAAAUUGUCCUUGAUACAAAGCUGUCUUUAUAAAUUGAAGUUAUAUAAUAAUUAUGUUCAAUAUUUUCAUUUGUUUUAUAAUUAAUACUUAUAUAUUGAUAUUAAUUAUGCAAUUAGGUAUCAACAUAUUGAUUUCCAUUUGUUUGUGGUGCAAAUAAAUAUUUUUUAGUUUCUAAUGCACCAACACCUACCAUGAAAUUUAGCUUUACAUUGAUUAUUUAUAGUAGUAAACAAAUACUAAAUGUAUCAAUUAAUUUGAUGUUGCCAAAAACAUUAACCUCCUAGAAUUAAAGUUUCGUUGGACAUUAAUUUGGGAAAGAUUUAACAACCACUGGUAAAUGCAGAUGGCAAUAAUGAAUUUUUGAAUAUUAUAUUCUAUUUUUUAAAUUAUUAUAAUUAUUCAAUCAAUUUUUACUUGUUCAUUUUGAUAAUUUAAUUUUCAAAGCGAUUUGUUUGAAUGUUUUUUUUUUUAACAUUCAUAAUUACUGUAUUAAGUUCAAUAAAAGAUAGUUCAGACUUUUGUACCUAUUUGGGGGAGUCGGUUAUUAAACAUAAUUGACAAUUUUUUUUAGGUAAUGUAUUAUCAAGAUUGUGUAAGAAAGCUAUGUAUUAUUUGUAUGAAAACCACGCCUAUGACGCGGGGAUCAUCAAAGUUAGGUCAAGAAAAGUGGUAGAUAAUUACGUCAGCUUGGCUGUAGGCCACGUCUUCAUGUAAACUAACAUAUGUAUCAAUAUGUCUACGUCAUACAAGUUAUUAAGUUUUAAGUUGGUGCACAAACAAUAUAGCUAAACCUUCAACAAUUUUAAGUCAGCAUUACGUUGAAAUGAAGUUAAACAUUACGUUAAUUUAUAUUUAAUUUUUGUUUCUCAGUUGGUUUCAUUUUUGCGGGACAAAGGAAUUGAAACUAAAUGUUUAGAAAAUAUUCAAGAAUUCGUAAAUCUAAGAUAUUUAUUAUUUUUACUUGAAAACUGCAACAGAGGGCUGUGAAUAUUUUGGUAUCAUAGCAACAGACUGAAAUGGUGAAAACAAAGAUGUUAAUAAAUAUUAAUUAGAAAAAUCA